AUGGAUUGGGUAGGCGCCGUGGACGUCGUGCAGCACAUGGCGCGGGCCCUCGUGUUCAAGACGUGCGGGGUCGGCAUGGAGUCCGAGCUCCAUGAGGCGUGCGCGCAGAUGAACCUCCCCCUUAACGCGGGCAAGAGCGUUGUCGCGUCGGUGCACGGCGCGUUGUUCGGCGGCGAAGUCGACGGCAUUCGCGGUUGGCUGUCGCACUCGAGGGAGGUAUGCGGGUCGCUGGUUGCCAAAGCGGCGGCGCUAUUAGGCAUGCCAGUCUGGCGCAGCGGGCCGCUUCAACACUGGAUCGGCUGUUUCUGCUUCGGCGCCUCGUUCCGCAGGCCUCUCUUUGCCGUGCUGCAGGAUGCUUUUUCUUUCGCCGCUGCGGUAGAGAACGAGGCGAGCGCCCCGGAUGUGUCGCGCGGCGACGAGAUCUUGGGAGCGGCUAUUCUGGCGCCGCUCAUGUUCACGAACCUGCGGGCCCCCGUCCGCGCCGCGGUCAGCUGCAGCGAUGCGUCCGAGGCCGGCGGGGGCGCCGCCGAGGCCACCGACUUCGUAGACUCCCUCGGGCGCGAGUUCGAGUGCCAGGCCGAAGCCCUCGUAGCCAAGAGGGCGGAGGAGUCGGCCUGGGCCGACGCGGGCGUGUUCGAGGGGCGCUGCGUGAUGGGCUGCGCCGGCGGAUCCGCCGCGCAGGUAGCCGCGCGCCACUUUAGGCGCGGGCGCCAUGCGUGCAGCUUGGAUUCCCUCUUGAGGCAUGCGUGCGGGCAGCAUGCGGUCAGAAGUGCAUUCGUGGAGGUGUGCUCUGCGCAUGGCUCUCCAGAACUUUCCUGGGCCGUUGCGCGUCGUGCGGUCUACGUGCUGCCCCCGACGCAGCCGGGCCGCGUCCCCGAGGCAGCUUGGGCCCACUGGUCUGGCAUUGUGGCGUGGACUCAUGAGGCCCAGGCUCAGGCGUGGAGGCCCGCGAGCUCACGGCGCGCCGUCCGGGGCCGUGCGCGCCCGCUCGGGCUUCCCCAUCUGCCGCAUAGAUUACAAGCCGUCGUGAGCAAGGGCACCCGCGAGGCAAUGACUGCCUCGCGAUCAAUCGAGUCGCAACUCUGCAACUGCAGAGUUGGAUCCUUCAUGCACCUCGUCGACAGCUUUAUCUGGCACCUUCCCCUCGCGCGGACGCUCCUGAGCUUCCCGGGGGUGUCCUUGGACCCAGUGCGUGGUGACGCUACUGUGGACCUCCGUGUCUUGCACUGCUCCCAGGCGCUGCACCAGAAGAUCCUCGCAGGCGGAGUCGACCAACAGGUGGAUUGGCGCACGCUGCUGGCAGCGGCUGUCCAUGAAGAUCUUGCCAGGGCAGAUGCGGCGGCAAUUCCAGCGGCGACAUCCUUGGGGGAAGGCUGGGCGCGGGCAGCGCUCGGGUCGAGCACGGCUCGAUUGCGGCUCUCGGCCGAGAUGGGCCUUGCAGCGGCUGCAAUUUCGGGUCAGUUGGCCAGCGUGCGACAAGGUGUCGAAAUGGAGCACCUGCGAGGCUUGCUACGGAAUGCCGACUACAAAGGUUCUGACGUGCGCCUGGUCACGGGGGAGCUGGUUGAUGGCUGCCGGCAGGCCGCCGAGUAUGUCAACCACGUGUGCCAGGAGGGGGAGCCGCGCGGCUACGCCGCCACAUUCGUGUCGGGCCUCAAGCGGUUGUACCCGAAGUGCCGCAAGCGUCUCGACAUUGCAACCCAGUAUUGCAAGAAUUGGACAAAUACUUUGCGCAGGAAGCGUGCAAUGCCACUGCCCGCCAAUGUCGUCGUGGGUAUGGCGGGUAUGGCCUACGCCUUCGGGGAGGACUGGAUUGGCAUCUCCUUCCUCGUCGGCUUUUUCGGCCUCUUGCGCACGGGCGAGUUGCUUGGCCUGACGGUGGGCCACAUCAAG